AUGAAUACUGUUAUGAAGUCAUUUAAAGAUACAUUAUUGAACGCUAAAAAUAUUUUGAUUCUUACGGGAAGUGGAAUAUCUGCUGAAUCCGGUGUGCCAACUUUUCGUGGUGCUGGUGGCUUUUGGCGUUCAUAUCAAGUUACUUAUUUGGCUACACCAAGAGCUUUUAGGGAUAAUCCAUCGCUUGUUUGGGAAUUUUAUGAAUACAGACGUGCUUUAGCAACUAAAGUCCAGCCAAAUAAGGCUCAUGAUACGAUCGCUAACUUUGAAAAAAAGCUCACAAGUCAAGGAAAACAUGUGACUGUUGUAACACAAAAUGUUGAUGGGCUCCAUCAACGUGCUGGAACUAAAAAUAUCGUGGAACUCCAUGGCUCAUUGUUUAAAACACAAUGCACUGAGUGCGGUAAUGUUGAAGUCAAUAAUACAGUUCCUAUUUGUCCUGCUUUAGCAAGAGCCAGUUUACCCGAGCCUGAUGAUAUGGCGUCUGAUAUACCAGUCGAAGAUUUACCGCACUGUCAGAAAAAUGAUUGUAGAGGGUUACUGAGACCAUUUAUUGUGUGGUUUGGUGAAAAUCUCGAUGAAGAUCUUCUGAAUAAAACUGAGGCUGCUGUUGAAAGCUGUGAUGUAUGUUUGAUAAUUGGAACUUCAUCACUUAUUUAUCCAGCUGCUAUGUUUGCACCGAGAGUCGCUGAGCGCGGUAUCACUGUUGCUGAAUUUAACUUGGAAGAAACUGCAGCAACAAAAAGUUUCCAAUACCAUUUUCAAGGUCCAUGUACUGUGACAGUAACUGAAGCAUUGGAUAUUUGA